AUGGACACGAUAGAAUUCGACAUCAACGAUGCGCUCAAGCACUACAUGAGCGACCCUCUGCAAAUCCCUACCCCCGAAGCAGACUCCAACCUUCUCGAUUGCGAAAACGACCCAGAAUCCCUUACGAAUUCCUUGGUAAAUACUGUGUUAAAUCCAAUCGUGGACUCGGUGGCAGAGAACCCAGAUGCAAUAACCAGAAGCUCUUCCUUUGAUUCCUUACAGUUCCUUUUAAAGUGCGCUCCAAUUUCUUCAAUUUCCAGUCAGAAAGCCCGAGCAGACAAGUCCUUUUCUAAAUUAUAUAUAUUUUGCAGAUCAAGCACGGCAUUACCUACACAUGCGUUGAGCAAGAUCUUGGAUCUCGUAGUAUCCGGACUUGCGACCGAAGCGGACGUUAUUCAUAAUGAUCUCGAAUCGGACGAGCAAGAUAUCAUCUCCCACCACAAACAACUCCUCGAAGUCUACGGAUUCUUACUACAAUGGGUAAUCGCAGCGGUCGAAACGAAAGCAGCCGAGAAGUCAACCGCGGUACCUGCUGCUCGAGGGAGAGGAAAGGGGGCGAAAGCAAAGACGGCGGCGAAGGAUAAAGAUGGAAAUUGGGACUCUGCUGCGCAACUGCAAACAGCUCUUGAUACGAUGUGUAAGGUGUUGAAGUUGAAGCUUUCGAAGAUCUUUCAUACGACUUCUGAGAGGGAUACAUUCGUAGGACUUUUUACUCGACCAGUAUAUAUGAUUUUGGAGAGUGAGCAGAGGGUUAAGGCUACGGCUAUUCGGAUGCAUGCGUUCAAGGUGUUGUGUAUUGCCGUAAAGCAUCAUGGUCAUGCUUAUGCUGCCCAGAUAUCAAUUGUCCAAAACUUGACAUAUUUUGAGCAUCUCGCGGAGCCGAUGGCCGAGUUCCUCCAUAUUCUGGCCGAGCAGUACGACUAUCCGCAACUCGCAGAUGAAAUUCUUCGGGAACUUAGCAACAAAGAAUUCAAUAGCAACGACACCAAGGGCCCUAAAUCAGUAUCUUCGUUCAUCGUAAAGCUCUCAGAACUUGCGCCACGACUUGUCAUCAAGCAGAUGACGCUUUUGGCAAAACAGCUUGACAGCGAAUCCUACGCCCUUCGAUGUGCUUUGAUCGAGGUCUGUGGAAAUUUACUGGCUCACUUGAGUAAGCAAGAAGAGCGCGGCGACAACCACAAAUCGCAACUGAAUGCUUUUUUCGAUGUCCUUGAGGAGCGAUUUUUGGAUGUCAAUCCUUACUGUAGAUGUAGAACGAUCCAGGUCUACGUCAAAAUUUGCGACUUGGACCAGAAGUUUCCUAAACGACGACAAAAGGCGGCAGAGCUGGCAGCGAGGAGCUUGGAAGACAAGUCCAGCAAUGUCAGAAGAAACGCCAUCAAACUUCUUGGAUCGCUCAUCAAGACUCACCCUUUUGGGAUUAUGCAUGGCUCUCAACUUUCCUUGAAGGAGUGGAACUCCAGACUCGAAGCUGUUGAUACUCAGCUAAAUGCUCUUACUCCGGCCGUUGACACUCCUGGUCUCGCAGACGACAAGGCUAACCAGACUGUUGAUACGCAGCUCUUGGAUGAAGCAACACAAGUCGAGCCAGACUCGCCUCAGAAACAGCAAGCAUUGACUGAGGAGCAGAAACAGGCAAUUAUCAAAAAGGCACAGGAAGAUGCGGCAACUUCAGAGGCAAUGAACAAGCUAACACUCACGAGACGUUACUAUGUGGAAGCUUUGAAGUUCAUCGAGGUAUUACAUGGAGCAACAACAACAGUCUGCCAACUUCUUGGGUCUAAGAACAAGAGCGAGGUCAUUGAAGCCAUGGACUAUUUUGAGAUCGGGGAUGCAUACAAUAUUGAACAAAACAAAGUCGGAAUUCGACGAAUGUUGAGACUGAUUUGGACCAAAGGCAAUAAUGACGAAGGGAAAGGGGUGCAGAACCACCUCAUUGAGUGCUAUAAGCGACUCUUCUUCGAGGCUCCUGAUUCAUACAAUGCCAAUGAGGCUGCGAACUACAUUGCUCGAAACAUGAUUAGUCUAACUUUCGGAGCUACACCAGCGGAGUUGACUUCUCUGGAGCAACUUUUAAGCACGAUGAUGAAGUCAAAUCAUGUCUCAGAGCUGGUCGUGCAGAAGCUGUGGCAGGUUUAUGGUGUCCAGAAGCGGGAAAUUUCCAAGAGCCAGCGACGAGGCGCCAUCAUUGUCCUGGGUAUGCUGGCAACAGCAAAGCCAGAAAUUGUGGUUGGUGAAAUGGAGACAAUGCUAAGAAUUGGUUUGGGCAAGCUGGGUCGAUCCGAUUUGCAGCUCGCCAAGUACACAUGCAUCGCACUCCGCAGGAUCAAUCCCACCGGUCGACAGGCCAAAGAGACGAAUGUUCAAACCUCGAAAUUGACCAACGACCAUGCUGUCUUAGGCAAACUAGCUGCCAUCAUUGAAGUCGAAUCCGACAACAAGGAGUGGUAUGGUGUUGCUGAGCAAGCCAUCAGUGCCAUUUAUACACUCUCAAAGCACCCUGAUACUCUAUGUUCUGAGAUACUGAGGAGAAAGACAAGACAUGUCUUUGCCCAGCGGACCGCGAAAACUCCCGAGCCUGAGGAAGCACCAGAAAAUACCCAGCUAUUGUCACCUCCUGCUGAGGUUGAUGAUGCGAUGGAAAUCGAUGAGCCCGCUGUGGAAAAGCCCGUGGAGCCAGAAGAAAAGAAAUUGAAGGGUUCUGUCGCGCUUUUACAACUGUUAUUCAUUGUGGGCCAUGUUGCCAUCAAGCAGAUCGUACACUUAGAACUUUGUGAGCUGGACUUCAAGCGGAGAAAGGCCGACGCGGAAAAGAGCAAGCCGGUGGUAGAUGCAGCUGCGGAUAAGGCAGCAAAGGAAGCAGCCGAUGAUCUUGAUAUGAUUGGUGGUACGACCGAAGAUGAUUUCACAGAAGCCAUGACCCAUAUCCGUGAACGAGAGCUGUUGUACGGCGAGAAUUCUCUGCUCGCCAACUUCGGUCCCCUCGUAUCGGAAAUUUGCUCCAACAACACAACAUACAAGGAUCGCAACCUGCAAGCAGCUGCUACCCUCUGCCUAGCUAAGCUCAUGUGUGUCAGCUCCGAGUACUGUGAGACGAAUCUUCCUCUACUCAUCACCAUCCUCGAGAGAUCCAAGGAUCCGAUCACACGAUCAAACGUUGUUAUCGCCCUCGGAGAUAUGGCUGUUUGCUUUAACCACCUUAUUGAUGAGAACACCGAUUUCUUGUAUCGCCGUCUGAAUGACAAGGACGCAAGUGUCAAGCGUACUUGUCUGAUGACUCUCACAUUCCUCAUCCUUGCUGGUCAAGUCAAGGUUAAGGGUCAACUAGGCGAAAUGGCCAAGUGUCUCGAGGAUGACGAUAAACGAAUCGCAGACUUGAGCAGAAUGUUCUUCACGGAGUUGAGCACCAAAGAUAACGCCGUGUACAAUCACUUUGUAGAUAUGUUCAGUCUUCUUUCUGCUGAGAAGGAGUUGGAAGAAGAUUCUCUACGCCGGAUUCUCAAAUUCUUGGCUGGCUUCAUCGAAAAGGAUAAACACGCCAAGCAACUCGCCGACAAACUCGCGGCCAGGUUGGCGAGAUGUGAGACCGAGAGACAGUGGAACGAUGUUGCUUAUGCUCUUAGUCUGUUGCAGCAUAAGAAUGAGGAGAUUGCGAAGAUGGUUACGGCUGGGUUUAAGAUCGUUCAGCCUGUGGCGUAG